UCCUGGAAGAGAACAGCUUGCUUUAGACCGGCUAAAAAAAAAUACAACACAACAAGAGCAGCGCUGCCUGGGUCCGUUUAAUCCUGGAGGUGAAUGGGAACAAAGGGAGGCGGCACACUGACCCGUAAUAACCCCACACAGCUAACAGGAAACACCGCUGCUGACUGUCAGCACAUGUACCCAGCAUUACAACAGUGGUCCAUCAUCUGGCGGAUCGGCUGCGGCUCCUCUCCGCCCUUCAGUUCCGCCCAGAAGGGAAAUGACGCCGGUGCAGAAGAUGGCGACUGCAGAGCCUGUGGAUCUCUGAGGCUCGGUACCGUCAGCUCGGAGCCGUGCGGGGGGUCUCUUCUUCUGGCAGAUGGACGGUACCGACACCAUGGCAGUGCACCGCUGCCCGCCGCUCUCCUGAUCCCGGAAUCGAACCCGCAACUUCAUGUCCGAAGGAGCCAGAGCUGCCUGGUCCAAGAGGGGUUGUGGGGAUUCGCACCGCCGAGAACCAGGGAAACAUAAACACAGGAAAUGCGAGCGGCCCCUUAGCGCUCAGCCGUCAAAGCCUGUGAUUGUUCGCCCGGGCUCCAAAAGGUGUGUUAUGUCGGGGGCGGAUGUGGAGGUGUACCUGUCCCAGGUGCACGAUGGGAGCGUGUCGUCGGGCUUCCGGGCGCUGUACGAGGAGCGUCUGCUGCUGGACGUCACGCUGUUGAUAGAGGAGCACCACUUCCAGGCCCACAAGGCGCUGCUGGCCACCCAGAGCGACUACUUCCGGGUCAUGUUCACGGCAGACAUGAGGGAGCGGGACCAGGACAAGAUCCACAUGAAGGGGCUGACGGCCGCCGGCUUCGGCCACAUCCUGCGCUUCAUGUACUACGGCUCCCUGGAGCUCAGCAUGCCCACCGUCCAGGAGAUCCUGCAGGCGGCCAUGUACGUCCAGCUGACGGAGGCGGUGGAGUUCUGCUGCUCCUUCCUGCUGGCCAAGAUCUGCCUGGAGAACUGCGCUGAGGUCAUGCGUCUCCUGGAGGACUUCAGCGUGGGCGUGGAGGGCGUCCAGGAGCAGCUCGACAACUUCCUGCUCGACAACUUCGUCCCCCUCAUGAGCCGAGCAGACUUCCUGUCCUACCUCAGCCUAGAAAGACUGCAGGCGUACCUGAACAGCGACGCUCUGAGCCGAUUCCCAGAAAUCGAGCUGUAUGAAGCCGUGCAGGCGUGGCUGCGACACGACCGGCGGCGCUGGAGGCACACCGACACCAUCGUUCAGUCCAUCCGCUUCUGCCUCAUGACGCCCGCCAACAUCUUCGAGAAGGUGAAGACGUCAGAGUUCUACCGCUACUCCAGACAGCUGAGGCAGGAGGUGGACCAGGCGCUCAGCUACUUCCACGACGUCAACCAGCAGCCUCUGGUGGAAACCCGCUCCAACCGGAUCCGCUCGGUUCGACCGCAGACCGCCGUCUUCAGGGGGAUGAUCGGCCACAGCAUGGUCAACAGCAAGAUCCUGCUGCUGCAGCGACCCAAGGUGUGGUGGGAGCUGGAGGGCCCUCAGGUGCCGCUGCGACCCGACUGCCUGGCCAUCGUCAACAACUUUGCCUUCCUGCUGGGCGGAGAGGAGCUCGGACCCGACGGGGAGUUUCACGCUUCCUCCAAAGUCUACCGCUACGACCCCCGGCAGAACUCGUGGCUACGCAUGGCGGACAUGUCUGUUCCCAGGUCAGAGUUUGCCGUCGGCGUCAUCGGUAAGUUUAUUUAUGCGGUGGCGGGCCGCACGCGAGACGAGACCUUCUACUCCACGGAGCGCUACGACAUCACGGAGGACCGCUGGGAGUUCGUGGACCCGUACCCCGUCAACAAGUACGGCCACGAGGGGACGGUUCUGAACGGUAAACUGUACAUCACGGGCGGCAUCACGUCCUCCUCCACCUCCAAACAGGUGUGCGUGUUCGACCCGGGGCGGGAGGCCGGAGGAGGCGGCGGCGGCGGGAGCUCGGGCGGGUCGGACUCUCACAGGACACGCGCCGGCCGAGGCCCGCUGCUGCCCGGCACCCACGCCAGCUGCUGGGAGAACAAAUCCAAAAUGAACUACGCACGCUGCUUCCACAAGAUGAUCUCCCACAACGGGAAGCUGUACGUGUUCGGAGGCGUGUGCGUGAUCCUGCGGGCGUCCUUCGAGUCGCAGGGCUGCCCGUCCACCGAGGUGUACGACCCAGAGACUGACGAGUGGACCAUCCUGGCCUCCAUGCCCAUCGGCCGCAGCGGCCACGGGGUGGCGGUGUUGGACAGGCAGAUCAUGGUGCUGGGCGGUCUGUGUUACAACGGCCACUACAGUGACUCCAUCCUCACCUUCGACCCCGAUGAGAACAAAUGGAAGGAGGACGAGUAUCCCAGGAUGCCUUGCAAACUGGACGGUCUGCAGGUGUGCAGUCUGCACUUCCCAGAGUAUGUGCUAGAGCACGUGAGACGCUGCAGCUGAGGUCUGCUGCAACACGCCUCCUUUUCUACAACUGGGAAUGCACUGUUCACAGACUGAGGUCUCCCGCUGGGGGUUCAGGUGUUUACAGGUGGGAGACUCCGCAGGCUUUUAACCUAGAGACCAGCACUUACCUUCAGGUGAGGGAGACGUGGCCGGGGCCGUAGAGUUGCUCUUCCUAAUGAAGGCAGUGAAAGCGUGGCGACGCGUCACACGUUAACGGUCAGCUUGAACACUUUCAGAAUUAGCUUUCUCAGAAAAUCAAGGAAAAAUAAUAAUGGAGAGGAGAAAAAAAGGUGUCAUUCAGCCGGUUUAUGUUCGGACUGUGGUCGGUUUCCUGUUCUACUACUCACCUACUGUAUUUAGGCUGUUCAGUCAGGCCGAAUGCAGAAACGCACUGGAAGCGUCUCAUUCAUCCGAUAAUUCAGAUUCACCUGCAUCACACAUCUUACUCCAAUGAGGUUCCUUCUUAAGGUUUCACAUAUUCAGAUCCUGUGUAUCUCUACCCAAGUUGCACUUGUUGAGAAAUAGAUUAGUAAAAGUCAAAAAUGCCCUCUAAGAUAUUUAACAGCAAGCUUACAAUCAGGUAUAUAAACAGAAUGUAACACUAUAUACGGUAGUGUAGUUCACUUUGUAGCCUCUCCAAGUGUAUGAAGCCGACUGUAGAGACCAUUAAAGGGAUAUUAUGGCGACGUUACAGAUGCUGCUGAUGCUUACAUCUGCUUCCAGCUGUCAACUGUCACUUUAUAAAUCCAUGAAUUCAGUUCUCGCUUCCAGUGCGUUCCGGCUAUUAGUCCGAUAAUUCUGCUCUUUGCUUCCAGAUAUGCACCAAACUGUGCUCAUGUUGGUACAACAAAGCAUCACCGAGUCUUUCUGUGCCCCGCCGUCGCUCAGACUCCCAGUUUCAGAGUAAAUGUUUGUGUGUUUGGGUUCAUUCUUCAUUUACUAGACCGGUGACGACGUUCAACUCCACAGUUUAGGAAAUAAAGGUCUUCGUUUCAGAGCCGCAGUGCUUCACCCGCCCUCGUCUACAUUCCCUGCACUUCAUUGGUUGUGAUUGUGUCUAGAUGCACAGUUUAACAGCUUCCACCUUCCCAGCAGCCCCAGUAUUACAACACGCCGGAACGCUGGAGACUUUCCAGUGUCUGAAAUCAACUUUCUGGUAGAUAAACUAUUAAAUAACCAAUGAGUUUAAACAUUAAGAAACACUGGACCUCAUGCAAGAACUUCAUUGCACUCCAAUGAUAAUACAGCACCUGAAACGUUUCGAAAAUAAUGUUACAGUUGUACGCUGACAGAAAUAGACACGUAAAGGUUUGAUGUGAAGCUAGGAGCUGUUACGACAGAAGCAGUGAGGGGAAAAAAGAUGAUUUUCAUGCUGGACAACGGUCUUAAACUCAUCCAAAAAAUCAUUGCCAUAAAUCCCACACAAGAUCUAAAAAUGCAGAUACCACACUGCUUUUGGAUAAUCCUGUACCAGCAAACUGUCGUCCUCGGCUUUCUGAUCACUUUCCAACCAGCUCGUUGAGGAAAAUUUACUUUAACAGUCCACAGCUUAUAGGAAUAACGUGGUUGUUUCUGUCUCAGAACAAUUAAUACGUCAAUGAAUAUAAUCAGUUUACAAAUAAUUAGCUUUAAAUAUUUGAUUUAAAGGCAUCAUAAGCAUCGAACCUUAUGAAAUUCACAUGUCAAAAAAAUCAUUUGGCAGCUGCUGAAAUCUGCUAAGCUAGCUAGAACUUCUCAACUAAAGGUCUAGCGAGCUUAAUUUCUCCUUUGAAAACAAUAUACUGAAUAACCAAAGUCUUUGUCAGUUCAUUAAACUACUGACAGUAAUUACUGAAAAAUCACUGACUACACUUCACUUUAGUUUUAGCAAAGGCUAGCACAUAAUUUAAUUUAUUGAUUUUUAAACACAAAAUUAUGUGAUUUAAAGAUAAUUUAACCACUAAAUCACAUAAAAGUCGCAAGAGGCAAAAAAUGAGGUGGCAGCUACUAAGAUCUGUUAAGCUAGUUAGCGUUAGCAGUCGUUUAGCUACAUUUAAAUCUUCGAUUGAGCUGAUGCCUUAUUUAUGAGUAAUCAAAAUGAAGGGAAUAAUCAAAAUGUUUACCAGUGUAUUAAAGUUGAGGGUUUUUUUUCUUUUGCAAAUAACAAGUGGGGAAGAACCAAAAACUGUUGACUUUAGCUUUAGCUAAGGCUAGCUGCUGCUAUCUCAAUAGCUAGCUUUUACUUUCUGUAGCUUAGCUUGUUUUCUGUGGUAGAGAGUAUAGUAAAUGUGCAGAUGAGUUACAAAUUAAUAGAUCAAAAUAUGUGAUUUAAAGAUAAUUUAACAACUAAAUCAUAUAUGUCACAAGAGGCAAAAAGUGACAUGGCAGCUGCUGAGAUCUGUUAAGCUAGCUAGCGUUAGCAGACAUUUAGCUACAUUUAUUUCUUUUGUUGUAUAAUGUAAUUCAGCUGCUUCCUUAUUUAUAUGAGAAAAAAUGAAUAACCAAAAUGUUUGUCAGUUAAGGGAAAAUCUAAACUGGACUUUAGCUUUAGAUAAGGUUAGCCACAGUAGCUAGCCUUCAUUUUAUAUAGCUUUCAGAGUUGAGCUGUGUACUUAGCUUGCUUUUUACGGCAGAGAGUGCAGCAAAGGUACAAAUUAGUUGCAGUUUUAUACAUUAAAAUAUGUGGUGUGAAGACAUUUAACAACCAAAAUAACAUAAAAGUCACAAAAACUAAAUGGCAGCUAAUGGGGAAAAUCUGAGCUUUAGGUUCAGCUAAGGCUAGCUAUGGCUAAGUCAGAUGCUAGUUUUCCUUUGAAACAGGCUUCUGACUUUAGUUUUGUAGCAGAAGUACAAAUAUUGCUUUUUGUAUUUUGAGUGUAAGCACAUUUAAAAUGCCAUUUUCAUGACAAUUACAGGAUUUUUUUCUAUUGCUCCACAAGUGCUAGAAAUAAGGCUCAGUUUUGCUACAAUAUAACAAUAAAACAUCAUAAAGCCUUGUAGUAAAUCGUUCAGCAAUGAUAAAGAACGUAGUAUGAAUGCUGCACUGCUUUUGUGGUCAUUAUAAAUUUGGUUUUAGAUCAUUUUUGUAUCUCAUUUAAUCAGAGAAUUCAUUCAGCUUGUCAUUAUUUAAAACUAGACAAGUCUGACCCACUCGUCUUUGAAAAAAUAGGCAAACAAGUUCUCUUCAAUCACUUGUGAUUCUUGCUUGAGGUCUGUUGUUUGUUUAUGUCUCAGCUCAUCUACAUAUUUCACAUCAUGAAUUUCAUCUCCCAUUAGUGGAGCUCAAACCUCUCAGCUGUGAAUGACUCUAGAAAAACAACCUGCUAGUGUUGAAAGGAUUUCUGUCUCUAAAGCUGAGCAGUUCCAGCAUAUCGGUCAGACUGUGUUUAUUUCAGACACUGCAAAGUCCCUAAAAGUGCCAUUUUCCAGCAGAUUCAAGCUCGCUGGGUGUCAUAAGUUGCACGUCUCAGCAGUCCGUGAUCCUGCAGCCCAGCAAACCGAGCUCAAUGACCAACUCCAUGUUUCUGUCGUAUUUAUUUUUCUUUAUUUUUUCUCAUGAGCCAACUGUGAAAAGGGCUAGAGCACAUACUGAUGCAGUUCUGUCUGCCAGCUGCGUAUUUAAGUUAUUUAUUUUCCAAGGUAUUGCUUCUCACCGAGCUAUGCAGUAACUGUUAGUAGGAUUAUUUAUUAUGAUCAGAAGUUCAUGGUGUUGUUUUCAGACUGUCCUGGUUCCUCGUUUCGUCCUCUUCAUCCCAGCAGCUCUGCAUGAGGCUCGUGAAUGGAGGUUUAGUUCGAUUGAAAUCAGCAAACAGAGUUGAAAGGCAUCGACUUUAGACAGGACUUACAGCUCAGCAGGUACAUUUUCAUUUACGGUUUAAGAUGACAUUAAAUGUGUUCCAGUCUGCAGAAACUCUUCAUCUUCCUGUAUGCAAAUUCUCAUUCAGCAGAAGUUACAUGGAGCUUUUUCAUGGUUUGAAAUGCGACACGUGUUUGGUAGACCUUCUGAGCUGCAGCUUUCAUGCGAUGCCACUUGGGUUUUGUGGAAAUCUUCUCCCACUUCCAUGCCUCCGCAGCUGUGUGUCAGAUUUAUAAAUCAUCUUCAGACAGAGGGAAAUACUUGAAAGAUGUUUUGGCAUCUGAGAAUUCAUUUCAAACGUCGAAUGAGCUGAUUAUUAGCAAAGAAAAAACUGCAGAUCCUCACAUCUGAGAAGCUGAAAGCAGCAAAUGUUUAGCGUUUUUGCCUGAAAAGGUAAUACAUUUAUUUUCUUCCCAUCAACUACUUGAUUAAUCGACUCAUCCUAGGAGCAAAAGUUCUGCUGCUACGUCUUACUGCUAAAUUGUGAACUAAAUAAAUGAACUUUUUCUGUUACAAAGGCCAAAUUUCAACACUUUCAUCGUUUAGAUUUGUCAGGAUUUUGCUUGAAAAAUAGUUUUCUUUCCAUCAACUACUUGAUUAAUCAACUAAUCCCUGCAGUCACAACGCUGUAGCUGCAAUUAAUUUGACUAGAUUUUCCUAUUCUAAACCAAUAAAGAACACUAAACUUCAACACUUUAAUUGUUCAAAUGCUUGAAAACUGUAUUAAUUUGAUUUCUUCCCAACAACUAUUUGAUUAAUCGACUCAUCCUCGUAGCCACAGCACUAUUGCUACUCGCCAUUUUGCAGUGCUAAGCUAAUCACACUGGAACUCAGCCCAAAGUAGAGUUUUUUUCCCUGCUUUCAAACUCUACUUUCCCCCAAGUUUCAACAGUUUCAUUGCUCAAAUCUCUCCAGUUUUUAGGCUAGAACCAUUUCAGAUCUCUCCUGCAUCCCUUUCCUUCAUCCACGCUGUCAGAGGCAGGUCUGUUCAGGGGACACGAGCUUCUUUUACUUCCUCAUCUCUUAUGUCUGCUGUGUGUUGCUGCAGCUGAUAUCAUGAACAUCUCGUGUUCCGCUCGCUGUUCCUCCUCAUCCUCACGUCACCGUUUGAAGAAGAAACUUGUAACGAUGAAGUACUACUGUCCCGAUCUGAGGCACAUCCAGUCAUAGCGCAGCGUCCUUUAGUCCACCAGUCUUCAGUCUGUCAGUAGGAAAACAGAAUAGAGGAUUUAAAAAAAAAAAAAAAAGAAGAAGAAGAAAACAUACCUUGCUACAACGACUGUAUCCGAAAAAAAUCAGAUUAACAUAUCUUAUAAUCUGAGUAGGAACUCUUUGGAAACGAUUUGUAACUUCUUUCCAGAAAUAAAUGUUCAUAUCGGUCGACUUUCA